AUGAUGGACAACACUAGUUUCCAUGACGACCAUGACGCUUACCUUCGUGACUAUGACGACCGUUACGCAGAACAGACUCUUCCUGUGAUCUUAUUUCUUACCAUUCUGACGCUGGUAGGCUUCGUGGGGAACUCGCUCGUCUGUUAUGUGUAUAUUGUGAAGUUUAAACCAAGUCCAACCAACAGUUAUAUAAUAGCCCUGGCAAUAUUUGAUUUCGUCAACUGUAGCAUAUGCAUACCUCAUGAAAUAGCUGACAUGAGAUACAGUUACACGUUUGCACAAUAUGGCUUCUGCAAGGUAAUUAGACUAGUCAUGGGAUUUGUAUCGUAUGCAUCAGGGGCCAUAAUCCUAACUAUAGCAGUGGAUAGAUAUCGGAAAAUUUGCCGACCUUUUCAAAGACAGGCGACAUGGCUCGUUGCCAAAGUAGCAAUCACUGUGUGUUCAGUCAUAUCUUUGAUUCUUGCAUCGCCAAUUGCUGCUGUGUUCGGUGAAAGGACACUGACCACAAACGAUAUCCACAUCAACGGUUCAGAUUGUUCUACAGCAGAUGAAUACAGCGUGACCGUAUAUCCCAGCAUCUACAACGGUACUCAGUUCUUCCUAUUUGUUGCUACAACCCUAUGUCUUGUUGUCCUCUACAGCCUAAUAUGGAGACAGAUUGUUAGGCAAGGGACAUUCCUAAACAAGUUCAAAGCCAAGCAGACUAUUCACUCAGGCCAACAGAUACACACAUCCAUUGCUGCCUUUAGUGUCCAGCUUGAUGCUCCUGAAGGUGUUUGUGCUGUAUCUGUAUCAGACUCGAAGCCGCCAACUGACGAACUGACGAACCAAUACCAAGGAGGGUCUGAUACAGAAGAUGGAGUAUGCUCAUCGAAAAGGACGUCUACCGUUUUGGACUCAUCUGCAGAUGCCCGAGCAGCAAGGAAGCUGAGUACACGCUCAUCCUCAAGAAAGGACAAACGGCCAGAUAAGACACUGUUUAUUUUGUGGUUGAUCUCCUUUGUAUUUGUACUGAGCUUUCUCCCCAAUCUGUCUUUGAUGGCGAUCAGAGCAGUCCAUAAGCAAAUGUUUGUAGGCAUUCAAGGAGCUGGAUUGAUAAUCUACAAUCUGUUCCUGAGGUCGCAUUUUAUCAACAGUGCCAUCAAUCCAAUCAUCUACGGCUUUUGGAAUAUGUAUUUCCGACGGGAACUUAUAUUCCUGUGGAGAAAAGUAACACGUAGGCUAUAG